GGGACUUCCGUUUCCGGUGGCGUGACCCGGCGCGCGGGAGCCGGAAGGGUCUACGCGGGCGGCCGCUCUCCCGUAUUCCAAACAUGACCUGGUAAUAUUGGGGCUCUCUUCCCUUUUCUUCUCGGUACCGCUUUUAAAGCGGCGGCAUCAGGGUUGUUGGCAGCACCGCCAACAUGUCUGAUGUGCAAGAAGCCGUUGAUCAACUCCUGGAUGUGAACCUUCAAGAAGACCAGAGAUCUAUGCAAGGGUCAGAAAGUGACCCCAGAAGUGAGUCCGAGGGUCUCCGAGUCACUAUCGGAGCCACUGUACCAACUGGCUUUGAGCAAACAGCUGCGGAUGAAGUAAGGGAGAAGCUGGGAUCAUCAUGCAAAAUCAGCAAAGACCGGGGCAAGAUCUAUUUCAGCAUUUCAGUGGAAAGUCUGGCUCAGGUUCAUUGUCUGAGAUCAGUUGAUAACUUGUUUGUGGUUGUGCAGGAAUUUAAUGACUACCAGUUCAAAGAAACUAAGGAAGAAGUCCUAAAAGAUUUUGAAGAAUUGGCUGGGAAACUUUCAUGGUCAGAGCCUUUAAAUGUAUGGAAGAUAAACACCAGUUUCAAGAAAAAGAAAACAAAACGUAAGAAGAUAAGUCAGAACUCAAGUAAAGAAAAGGCUGAUAAUGGACAAGGAGACAGACUAGAUGAGAAGGAUGUUAAAAAAGAGUCCACUGAGAAUGUCUUAGACUCCCACAUCUUAGACUAUUAUGAAAACCCAGCCAUCAAAGAAGAGAUAUCUACGCUAGUAGGUGAUGAUUUGGCAUCUUGCAAAGAUGAAAAUGAUGAAAGCUGGAAGGGAGAAGUGAAUCCUGGAGUGGUGAAGUUCAGAGUCACUUGCAAUAGGGCAGGAGAGAAGCACUGCUUCACGUCAAAUGAGGCUGCCAGAGACUUCGGGGGUUCUGUUCAGGAUCAUUUCAAGUGGAAAGCUGACAUGACCAACUUUGAUGUGGAGGUUCUUUUGAAUAUUCACGACAGUGAAGUCAUUGUGGGCAUUGCAUUGACAGAAGAGAGUCUCCACCGAAGGAACAUCACCCAUUUUGGACCUACUACUCUGAGAUCAACUCUUGCUUAUGGGAUGCUUAGGCUCUGCGCUCCUCAACCUACUGACAUAAUAGUCGAUCCAAUGUGUGGAACAGGGGCAAUCCCAAUAGAGGGUGCUACUGAGUGGUCUAACUGUUUUCAUCUUGCUGGUGACAAUAAUCCGUUGGCUGUGAACAGAGCAGCAAAUAACAUCUCAUCUUUAUUGACCAAGAACCAAAUGAAAGAAAGCAAGCUCUCCUACGGUUUGCCUAUAGAUGCUAUUCAGUGGGACAUCUGCAACCUGCCCCUGAGAACAGGCUCGGUGGAUGUCAUUGUAACAGAUAUGCCAUUUGGAAAAAGGAUGGGCUCCAAGAAGAAAAACUGGAACCUUUACCCAGCUUGCCUGCGUGAGAUGAGCCGAGUCUGUCGGCCUGGAACUGGUCGAGCUGUGCUGCUGACUCAGGACAAGAAGUGCUUUGCCAAGGCACUAUCUGGAAUGGGCCACGUGUGGCGGAAGGUGCAUACCGUCUGGGUAAACAUAGGGGGUCUUCACGCUGCAGUUUAUCUUCUGAGACGAACACCUCAAGCUUUUGUUCAGUCUUCAGAACAAGAUGGUGAAAGAACACCUUGGUAAUGCAAAGGAUGAAGAUGAUAACCAUGUGUGUAGUUCCCAUCACUGGACGUGUUAGUAUGAAGUGCUCUCUUUGAGGGAAAAAGAGAAUCAACACAAGUACAAAGGUCUUCACCCUAGCUGGCAAAGAUGUGAAUGGAAUGCGAUGGAACUGACAGUUUGGGAGGAAGCUGAGCUCUCCUGUGCAGCUCUCUAAGAAACAGUUGGUUCAGAUCCAGCCAUCACUGCAUUACUUGGGUACUGCUUCCCCUCCCUCUCCCUCUCCCUCUCCCUCUCCCUCUCUCUCUGCUUCUGCCUUACGUGCUCUAAAGAUGUCUGGUGGAAAGCCUGAUGAAAGUUCUAAUUCUCUGAGUUUACGUUUAAGACACUUGAUUUUAUACUUUAUUGCCAUUCCUGUUUUCUGUUGAAAUGAGGGAGGCCAAGUGAAAAGACAAAGAACAUAACCAGAGCAUUUUAGGGAACAUCUCAUUAUCUAUACAACUUUCUUCUUAUUAGUUCAAGUUCACUUUUCCUUGGUUUUAUAAAAGGAGGCAUUUCUGCCUUUGCAGCUACCCCCCCAACUGUGGAGCUGUGAUGGAGGUAUCUUUUUUCCCUCCCUCUUUCUCCCUUCCCGUCUCUGUCUGAAAGGAAAAAAAUAAAUAAAUAAAUGGCCACUACGAGUAGUGGAGUCAUUGUGCAGGUACUGAGGCCCAGUGAUACCUCUGGUGGAGGAAAAAAAUUCCAAACAUACCUAAUUUAAAUUAAUGCCCAGAACAAAUAUAGAGGACUAGGAUUUAUCAAAAGAAUCGCAAAGAUACACGACUACUAGGGUAGGGUAUUUCUAUUCCUAAGUAGCAAUAAUAUCUGCCUACAGGGACCAACAAGCUAAAAAGUUUCAUUUUACAUUUCAGAAAGCUUGUUUUGCUUCUCAAACACAAAACUGUCAAAGUAUAUCUAUUGAUUUCCUAAAAGAACUAGAGAACUAACUGAUGUACUUUGAAUUAAAAGCUUCUUUUAUUACUU